AUGCCGCCUGCGUUUUCAGUCCCUUCUCGUGAAAAAUGGCGAAAGUACGAACAGGGCUCGAUGGCAAAGCAGCAAGAAUUUAUGGAGAGAUACAGAGAAGACUUUAAGAAAGUCCUUGUCGAAAAUUCAGACGGCAUUCAAGCAGGCGACCAUCUCGUUCUUGAAAGAAAAUAUUAUGUUCAUCAUAUGCUGUGUACCUUCAGCGGAGAUAACCAUGUUAUCGUAAUACACUACAGUGGACCUGCUUGGGGUAUCAGUAGAGCGUCGAGAUGCACGUCUUUCAAAGAUGUUGGAGUCAAGGGCGAAAUAGAAGAAAAAAUGUUUUCAUUUGAGAAACUUGUGGAACAACAGGUACGUACUCAGUAAAGAUAAAACCUUUUAACACAAAAAUAUCUUAGGCGCACGUGUUACUACUUCAGUCGCGAAGUUAGAGAUCUUAUCUUACAUUUUUGUGGUCGUGUUCAGAGUUCGUGUGUCAAUCUCCGCGGCCUGCGUCUGAAGACUAGAGAAAGAAAAUAAAACCUCAUCUAAUAUACGGGUGGAAAUUUGCGUUUUAUAGUCGGCUAGGCUUAUAUGCGUCUCAAAAUCCAUUGGGUUAGCUUAUAGUUGGAAGGACAUUUAUCUUGGUUUUACUGAAACUCGCCUUAAGCACGUAUAUACUAUAUAGAGUGAAUUUGAACAAAUUACUGCAAAUUAUCACGAAACUUCGUUGGAGCAAUAAGGACAACAACAAUUAACUGCAGAGUAAGUUUCAUUGAUCUUUAUUUAGUAUUUCCUAGANACUAUAUAGAGUGAAUUUGAACAAAUUACUGCAAAUUAUCACGAAACUUCGUUGGAGCAAUAAGGACAACAACAAUUAACUGCAGAGUAAGUUUCAUUGAUCUUUAUUUAGUAUUUCCUAGAAAUUUUAGAAUGGUAUUUUUACCCCAUACAAACACUGUAAUUGUACUGGAACUGUACUGUGGUACUAUGACAGAGCCUGGGUUACCUGUGAUUGUACCACAAAUCGUGUGCUCGAAUGGAUAAAUAAUCAGGUAUUAAACUACCGAGGAAAAGAAGGGGGGAGCAUGAAAAGAUCGGAAUCACACUUUUCAAUCUCCAUUGCCCUUGAAUUUGUUUCAAUUUGGAUUUUCAAUUUCACUUCCUAUCAUGUUUGAUGCUACUUCCGUGCGCGUUGACAAAAUUCUUGAAAUCAUUAUUUUUUUUUACGCAGAACUGGUCGCAGAACAAAUCAAAAUGCAUAAUGUUUUGGAGACUAAGCAAGUGUGUAGUCUUGAAAGAGUCACGAUAAAAUUAGAAUUUCUGUAGAGAUUUUGAAUAGUAUGUAAUACUCCACUCAGCAGUGUGUAUUAUUAAAUGUUUUUCUUACUCUUACAGGUCAAAAAGAUCAUCUGGCCAGCUCAAUUAAAACGCUUUUCCGCGAAGGAAGUGAUCAAGAGAGCUUUUACCAGAUUGGGUGAAAACUGGUAUGACAUUCUAAAGAACAACUGUGAGCAUUUUGUAACUUGGAGCAUGUGCGGGCUGAAAGUAAGCCUUCAAAUAGAACAAUGGUACCUUACAGCACGAGAAGUCGCCUAUUCUGCUUUCACAGGCCUGUAUGACUUUGGUAGAAAUAUAACCAAAGAGAAAGUACUACCCCUACUUAUCAAGCUCCAGGCUAAUGUUUCCGAUGAGCUGGCCGCUUUCAUCAAUGAAAAUGCCCUCUAUGUGGGAUAUGGGUUAGCAAUCCUCAUGGAAGCUGGCCUAGCAGGUCAUGAGAUCUACAAAGCAUACACCUAUUGUAAGACUAUCGAAGAGUUUAAAGUCAAGUUCGUUGACAUUGUUGCCAAGGCAGCUUGUCGUUUGGGCUUUGGAAUCGUCGGAUCAUGCAUCGGCACAGCGGUAUGCCCAGCAGCUGCCCCGAUAGCGAGCUUGGUGGGCGGUGCAAUAGGAGCAGGUUUGGGGCAUCUGUUUGGAGCUUUGAUUGGCUGGUGGUAUGAGAAUUCCCCCUACAUGGACGGGUAG